AUGCUUUUGGCUCUCGACAUAUUCUUCCUAAUCAUGGUACCAGGUAGAACGCUUUUCGUGUGGGCUGGAAAGAGAGAAAUGAAUGGAUCCGGUCCAGGUAAUAGUCAAUCCUGGGUGAUUCAUUCCACUUCAACGCCAAAGGUGUUAGGUAGCUUCUGCAUCUUUCUGAUCCUCGGCAUUCGUAAGCAGCGCUCUGAUAGAUUUUAA